AUGUCUGUGAUGACAGAGGAACAAAUUCGCCGUGUGCUCGAGCAGGAGCUUGAUCUCCACUGGCGUCCAUCCCGUCCUACGACGGCCUCCUUGUUUUCUCCUCGUGCUUCCAAGCCACCCAAAGCGUUCUCUGAUACCAAAGGCAUGGAUGCAUGGCCCCUUGAUUCGACAGAUAGUGAAUCGGACGCGGACGAUGCGUUCCCUGCGACGGGCCUUCACUCCCCGGGCAACCACAGUAUCUUUUUGGCUACGCCGAAUCGACAUACGCGCGCCCGCAGCAAAGUCCAUCCACGUCCGCAUCUAAGCGAUCGGUACCAGGAUGCUCUUGAUAUCUCCAAGAUGGCUGGUCCAGACGCGUCCGUGGACACGACGCUGCGUGCAUCGCGGCCAUCGCACCCAGGCAUCACGCCUCGUAUACCUAGCCCCAUUCAGCGACGCUCGCCGUCCUUGGGAAGUCGUCACUCUAGUGCAGAGACCAUGGUGAACAGCGAGGAUAUGGACAUGGAAAAACCACGUCCCACCUCGCGUGCCCCAUAUACCUACAAAGAACCACCCUCGUCACGACCUGAGCGUGUGGUAUGGGCAGAUGAGCAAUUGUCGACGCUUACGCGAUACCUGUCCUCUUUGGAGCAUGACGUACAGAAGCUCCAGGCUGAAGCGCGAAGCACCGCGCCCCUUGCUCAAAUGCAGGCUCGGCUGGACGUACUGGAGGAGCAAGUCGCGCGGCAAGGAGCCCAACUGGUACACGUACGCCAUGCCUUGCGUGAUCGUUCGCGUAGAGCCUCGGACUCGUUGUAUAUACCCGCACCUGAGCCAGACAACGAGACGAUGGAUGUGAAUCAGCUGGCGUCGCGUAUCGCGUCUCGUCUUGGCGUUGCUAGUGCAAAGCCAGCAUCGCCUCCGGCGGCAAGUCCUCCUCCUACUUUCUCUCGAUCCAUUGAGCGAUUGUACGAUGAACUUCAUCGACUUUCUCGAGCUGUGAGCAGUUUGCAGCACUCUAUGCAUCCUACGUCGGCCCCCGCAGCGCCUGCACCUGCAUCUGCAUCAGAAGACUUCUCGUUGGAUGCUUCACGUAUCGAUGAGCCGUCUUUGCCUACGCAGGAGCGCUACGAACAGAUCUGCCGCGCGGUGGCCGACGCCAUGGGUCUCUCUUCUGGCAUGGAGAAAAAGUCGGUGCGCAAAGACCAAAUCCGUGCCCAUCUGCGCCAGCAAGAGGCGGACGAUGUAGCUAUUGACUCGUUGCUCCGCCGUUUACAGCGCUCUCAAACGCCGACUCUCUCCGCGUCUGAUGUGCGUCUGCUGGAACACUUGUUUGAGCAGCACAAGCGCGAGUUUCUUCACCAAAAGAAGCUGUACUGCGAGCUGGCUGAUGAGCUCAAAGAGAUGGAGCCUACGAUGGACGCAACGAAGCGCCGCAUCUUGGCCAACCAUGUUCACGACUCCAUCGAUUCCUUGGAGGCGGAGGCGACGCGAAUCAACGAGCUUCAUGCUCACCUACUCCGCUAUCAUCGCUCUCCGUCGCGGCUCGCGCGCAUGGAUGGUUGA